AUGCCAACUCUAAAACAGCUAACGUGUCAGAUCGAAUGGGCUAGAUCUGGAGGCCCAUUGCAAGAAUUCGCAACCUCGUACGCAGAUGGAUUCGUCCAAACAUAUGUUGCUGUCCCGCAGGGCUCAGUACCUUUCACUAUCAGACUCAAGUCAAAUGGAUACAUAGCUCCCGGGUUAGCAAUGUUUGUUUAUAUGGAUGGGAUAUACCAGUGCAAUCGGAAUCGACAGGGCCUGAAAGCGCCGGAAGUUGCAAACAAGGCUAGCGAAUAUGAGGUUGACUUUCUCGUGCGUCAAAAGGAGGAAAAGUUGCGGGACGGUAAUUGGCUGGGUAGAGAAUGGAGGUUCGAAAAGUUGAACGUUGUUGCUGGUGAUUCGCAGGAAGCCAAAGAUACAGAAAGCGGAAAGUUCGAUCAGCUUGGUACAAUCGAGGUGGUGGUUUUGCGAUGCACAAGGCCUAAACACGAAUUUGUUCCUCCAUUAAGAAAAACGCCAAACUUGCAGCGGAUGACAGAGAGACAGCCAGGACAAGAUGGCGAGGGUGGAAUGUUAAAGGGUCUCUUCGAUGGCAUUGUUGAAGAGUGGGAAAUCUAUUCCAUCCACACUUCAGAGAGCUCCAAUAUAGAUAGCGGCGGGGGUUGGAACUCGACUCAGAUUGACGGCUCGAGUAAUUCGCAGCAGAAAAAAUAUGAUGAGCGUCAACAUGACCGGGCUAGGUAUACUCGUGGUGGCAUACGCGACAACCCAGAUAUGAGCAGUGAUCACGAAGAGCAGAUCCUGGAGAGCUCGAUUAGGCGCUAUAACAGAGAUUGGAGAAGAAACGGAGUGAGUAUCACACCGGACGAGACAGUUGAGGAGGAGGAAAAUCCAGGACCCCAGGUGUCGCCGGACAGCGCUCCCGCUCGCCGUCUCCAUGAGAGAUUUGGAGAAUUUUCGGCCGACGGUCAAUCAUCUCAGGACCAGCCGUCAGUGGUUAUCCACAUUACGCCACCCCCGCCAGCGCCCGACCCACCCCCAGCAGUGGAUCCACGACUUUGGGAGCAAAGAAGGCAUUACCGCGGCAACCCUGAAGGAGGCUCAUGGAACUUCGACGAGAGUUCUUCGAGCUCCUAUUCUCGAGGCCAGAGAUAUUCUGCCGUGCCACCACAACAGUAUAGGCAGUCAUCGAAUACACAACACUAUGCUCAUCAUGGCCCUUCAGGAAGUACCUUUCCAAGGGUACCUGGAGAGUGGCCAGAACCUGAGUCAAUGUCCGACAUCGAUGAUGGUCAUCUCCCACGUCGGACUAAGCAGCCUCCGUCCAAGCCACCAGGAAGCAUCGUUUUCCAAGAGCCACUGGAGCACAGAGGCAGGGGAAGUCCAAGUGGCAGACAUCGCAGUCAAUCCCCCAAGAAGUCAUCGAGGCCGAGAAAUGCUAGUCGUAACACGCGCCGCGAGUCCAUGCCCACUGUUGAGGAAGACUGGGGCGGGGAAAGCAAUAUUGACAGUCGAGCCGGUUAUGACCUGUCUAGCGAGCCAGAAGAAAACCUCAAUGAUGGCGAAUGGGAUAAAAGAGUUGGUCAUCCUCGGCAAUACGUGCCUGUUAUGGCUCCUCAACCGUGGUCGCUUGUCCCUUCUGGAUGGACGCCGUAUAUUCCACAAUCUUGGCCGUAUAUUCCAAGUGGCACUCAAUGGCCGGGACCAGAACCGGCAAGUCCUGAUCAUUCAGCUCCAGCAAACGAAACCCUAGAUGCAGAUGAUCGACCUCAAAGACCCAGAGGGCGUGAAGAUAACGGCAGCCAGAGAACCAAAUCGCCGGCCCACAGGUCGAAUUGGGAUACCCCUGACACGAACAAUUGGGCAACGUCGAAUCAGAAUGAAGACAAUAAUGACUGGAAUAAUGACAAUUGGGAUAACAAUGACUGGGGAGCCGAUACCAGUCAACCUCAACAGGAAGGUGAUGCUGAUGUAGCUGCAAAGGUUGAAGCAGCAUGGGCCUCAGAUCGCCAUCCUUCUCGAUCUGGUUCUCCGACAGCCUCGGCGCACUCCUCAGCCUCCACGGCCAAGCCAACAUUUCAAGUGCCUCAUAUUUUGCCUUAUACGCAGCCUUACUGGUCUAAAUGGAAUAGAGCUGAUAACCUCGAAGAGGAAAGUCCUCUAUACAAUGUCCCGGAAGAUAUUGCAAAAAAGAAAGCGGCUUCUCAUCAGGUGCAAACUGGGCGGCCGGCACCCUACACUCACCGGACUUGUAGGCCUGUGUAUGUCGACACAUAUGAUAAGCCAUAUGCGGUUUUCGUCUUCAAAUAUCGGUCACGAGAGACGAUUGAGCGAUUGUUCGGGAUUACUAUCCCAGUCAGUGCCGACGACGAAAGAAGAAGACUGGCAUCUCUAUCUAAGGAGCAGAUAAUUGAAGAGCUCCUCAAAUCCAGGACUGCUCCUUCUCACAAAGAAACAAAGUCACAUGAUGGUGAAGAUAAUGUUACCCAUAACGGACAUGGCAGCCAGAAGCUAUCAGAUAAAGCAGGCCAAAAGGCCAAGGACACCCAAAAGGAUAAAUACUCUGCCAGCGAAAUGGGUAACGACAAACAAGGUUCAAGCAAUACCACUUGGAGAAGCGGAAAAGAUACAAAGACUGCUGGCUGGAUCAAGUUGAGCGAAGACAGUAAAGAGUGGAACGAUGAAGAGCACAGCGCUGUUGAUGACGAACAAUGGUAA